AUGGAGGAUUACUCUCUCCCACAAGGCUCGUAUUUUCUGGGAUUUGAUAGCUCUACGCAGUCACUGAAGGCUACUAUCCUAGAUGCAAACCUGAACAUCGUUUCUCAGGAGAUUGUUAAUUUCGAUUCGGGACUACCCCAUUACAACACCAAAGAUGGCGUGUAUCGAGACCCUCUCGUCAAUGGCAGAAUUGUUUCCCCCACCAUAAUGUGGGUCGAGGCACUUGACCUAAUUCUCGAGAGGUUGAAACGUUCGGGAUUGGAUUUCGGGAAAAUUGCAGCCGUUUCCGGUAGCGGGCAGCAGCACGGCAGCGUGUACUGGAAAACCGGGAGUCGGAGGGUACUUUCGUCAUUGGAUCCGAAAAGGAAACUGGUGGAUCAACUCGGGGAAGCUUUUUCCGUUAAGGAUUCGCCCGUGUGGAUGGACAGCAGCACCGCCGAACAAUGCAAGGCAAUCGAGCAAGCCGUGGGUGGGGCUUUAGAGCUGUCGAGGGUCAGCGGCUCGCGGGCCUACGAGAGGUUCACGGGUCCACAGAUCCGGAGAAUUUUCGAGACGAGGCCCGAGGCGUAUCGGGAUACGGAGAGAAUCUCGUUGGUCAGUUCUUUCAUGGCUUCUCUCCUAAUCGGGAGCUAUGCGUGUAUCGACCAUACUGAUGGAGCCGGGAUGAAUUUGAUGGACAUAAAUGAAAGAGCUUGGUCAGAAAGGCUCCUAGAGGUAACUGCACCAGGCUUGGAGGAAAGGCUUGGGAAACUAGCUCCUGCAUAUUCUGUAGCUGGUCUAAUUGCUCCCUAUUUUGUGGACAGGUAUCUCUUUGACAAAAGUUGUUUGAUCAUCCAAUGGUCGGGUGAUAACCCUAACAGCCUAGCAGGUUUAACCCUCAACAGUCCUGGGGAUCUGGCAAUCAGUCUUGGAACUAGUGACACUCUUUUUGGGAUUGCUGCUGAACACAAGCCAUGCUUAGAAGGACAUGUUUUCCCUAACCCAGUGGACCCAAAAGGUUACAUGGUGAUGCUGUGCUACAAGAAUGGUUCUCUUACCCGUGAAGAAAUACGUGAUCGGUGUGCGGAUAAAUCUUGGGAUACUUUCAAUGCACUGUUACAACAGACACAACCCUUAAACGGUGGAAAGAUAGGCUUUUAUUACAAGGAUCAUGAAGUUAUGCCUCCCCUCCCAGUUGGAAUUCACCGUUACAUUCUUGAGAAUUUCAAUGGGGACACGUUAGAUGGUGUAAAAGAACGUGAAGUUGCAGAAUUCGAUCCUGCCUCUGAGGUCAGAGCAUUAAUAGAAGGUCAGUUCCUCUCCAUGCGAGCUCAUGCUGAGAGAUUCGGAAUGCCUUCUCCAAAACGGAUAAUUGCUACUGGAGGAGCAUCCUCAAACAAUAGUAUUCUUGGCUCAGUAGCUUCAAUAUUUGGGUGCAAUGUCUACAAAGUCCAGAACUCGGCUUCCAUGGGAGCUGCAUUGAGAGCUGCUCAUGGGUGGUUGUGCAACAAAAAGGGUAUUUUUGUUCCAAUUUCGAAUAUGUACAUGGAUAAGCUGGAGAACACGUCUCUCGACUGCAAGCUUGCCGUGACUGGAGACCAACAGCUCCUGUCCAAGUACACUUUACUGAUGAAAAUGCGACUAGAAAUCGAGAAUCGUCUCGUCGAAAAAUUAGGACGAUUGUGA